AUGGAUUGGUUCUCAUGGCUGUCCAAGACCGGGCUCGAUCCAUCUCUGGUGUACGAGUAUGGUGUAGCCUUCACCAACAACGAGCUAGAGGAAGAAGACAUAGCAUACUUCAACCAUGAGUUCCUCCAAAGCAUGGGGAUCUCCAUCGCCAAGCACAGGCUGGAGAUCCUGAAGCUUGCCAGGAAGGACAAAUUCGUCAGUGCAAGGAUGGUGGUUGCAAUCAGAAGAACUCAGAGGAGCUUGGCCAAGUACCUCAGGGCAUGGAUUGGGAGGCAGGAAUCCGCGGCGGCAGGGGGGCUUAUGGUGGUUCCUAGGAGGAAAGGAGCCAUGCCCAAGAGACACAUCAACAACAACAACAACAACCAGCUGAUGAUGAAGAAGAAGGAGAGGCUUCUGCUCACUAAUGGGAGCCCAUUAAUGGUGAAUGGGCUUGCUGGUGGUGGCAGUACCAGGCUCAUGAGCAGCUUCUCGAGGAUGUAUGGAGUGGAGAAACUAAUGGAUGGUGGUGGUGAUGAUGAUUACUGUCAUGAUGAUCCUUAUGAUCAUCACCAGGGUAAUUUUGAUGAUGAACAAGUCUACUACUGGUCAACUCCUGCUGAAGAGAUCAGGUGGGAUGCUAUGUUCCAGAACUUGAAACCAACUUGA